CAUGUCAAGAGAUCCACUCUAUAAAGGUCUAGGGGAUGUUUUAGGAGGAAUCCCUUUGGAUUCCAUCCAUCCAAGAGAUGGGCUUACCACGAAGGUCGAUCUAACAACAUUAACAUCAUACAAUUUACUUCCAAAACAGCGGAAAACAAUCGUCGUUCCUGGCUCACCCUCCAUAUGGAGGCCACCAAAAACACCAAGAAAGGUGAAGGCAGAUGCAGGGAGAUAUCAAAUGGACCCGAAUCGACAUGUAUUCCCCAAAUGUUCUCUUGAACCACUCUUCAGAGCGAUAUCGCUCACGCAGCCAACCGUGAAACUUAACGACAUCGAUCUUGUGACGGAUCGACGCAACCUCCGUCUUUUGUUGGGUUUCGUGAGUGGUAAGAAGAGCCCAUUCCGCAUUGAUGUAGAGGUUGUCAAUAGCACAGUAUUGUUCUCUUGUUGGACCCCAAGAGCAACUAGCUAUGUCAAGGGAUUUCAUGGAUAUGGGCAUGAAUUUGAAAAGGCAUCUACCCGCCAACCGAAGGCGGUCAGGGAUAGCUUGACUCAUAAUCGAAUCAUUCGCUACAUGUUCGGGGAUGUUAAGAUUAUUAUGCGAUACGAAGUCGACGGUUGCACCGGAUCUGACAAGGACAUUCGCAUGACAAUGCCUGCAUCAGAAAUCCAAAAGACCCCAACAGGCUAUACAGUAUUGAAAUGCGGGAAGUUGGUCGCGCCAUCUCGGAUUAUCGAAAUCAAAACUGGAGCAGUUGGGAAAAACCUGGAUAUCUCCAAGAACACUGAACAACUUUGGUUUUCCCAGACACCCUUUCUUUGUGCUGGUCAUUAUGAUGGGGUUGGGAAUUUUACAAGCAUUACGAAAAAGAACUACUUGAAGUUGGGAAGACUUCAGAAUUGGGAGAAGAACCAUCAAGAACAGUUGAAGAAGCUUGCAACACUGCUUCGAGUCAUCGUUGAGUUGGCUAAAGCAGGGGCUUGGAAGAAAUUCGCAUUGGUUUCAUCAGAAGGCACAUUGAAAGUUUUUGGGUUGACAAAUCAGAAUGAUAAAGGACUGCCUGUUGACUUGCAAUGUAUGUGGGAGUAGGUUACGAAUACAACCAACGAUUCUGGAUGAAGUAUUUUAUGUUAUUUUCCUCAUUAUUUU